GACGCCCAUACUGUCUCCAGGAAGAACCCGCACGGAUACAAAGAAGCCAGGAGACGACACACGGGCGCGUGCCCGUGCGCUCGGGCCGGGAGACCCCUCGCCUAGCAGGGGUGUCAGCCACAAGACCAGAAUGUGCGAGCGGCUAGGGAAGCCGCACACAAAGGGGCUAUCCCCCCACCGUCGCACAGACACCCCGAGGGGCCCACGCUUGCAGAAGGGGGACACCGGACAAAGGGGACACACCCACUGAGGCCGACAAAGGCGGCCACACCCCCCCAGCGCGCCGGCAUCCCGACCCACGCUGACACACCGCGGGCACCACAGGAGACGCACACACAUCCACACUCACCACACACCCACGGAGGGGGUGUGGAGGGCCCCUCUCCCCGGGCAUCUCGGCUGCAGCGCGACAAGAUUGUCUAAAGCCACAGGGAAAAUGGUGGAAAAUUCACCGUCGCCAUUGCCAGAAAGAGCGAUUUAUGGCUUUGUUCUUUUCUUAAGCUCCCAAUUUGGCUUCAUGUUGUAUCUCGUGUGGGCUUUUAUUCCUGAAUCUUGGCUAAACUCCUUAGGCUUGACCUAUUGGCCUCAAAAGUACUGGGCAGUCGCAUUGCCUGUCUACCUCCUCAUUACUGUAGUCAUCGGGUAUGUGCUCCUGUUUGGAAUCAACAUGAUGAGUACCUCUCCACUCAACUCCAUUCAUACAAUCACAGAUAACUAUGCUAAAAAUCAACAGCAGAAGAAAUACCAAGAAGAGGCCAUCCCAGCAUUAAGGGAUAUUUCUAUCAGCGAAGUAAACCAAAUGUUCUUUCUUGCAGCCAAUGAACUUUACACCAACUGAAUUGUAUGUAGACUAACAUCAAACAUUUAUUAUAAGUUUUUGACAUAACAGUUUGACCAUAAUUAUCUCUCUUAUGAAUACUUACUCUUGAAAUACUUUAAAAAAUGUAAGUUGAACUUGUCUUAGAUUAAGUUCUAUUUAUAUUGUAAAUGUUCUCAAAUAUUAGUUAUUUAUGGACAGAAUAAAUAAAGCACUGCAUUACCAUAAAGCA